AUGGACAGAGGUCUUCACUUCACGUUCUGUGUGAUUGCAACCACGCUGCUCCUGAGAGAAUCAAGUCAGACAGGAACUGCAAGGAACGAUGGUGCUGUGGGUAAGGGCGCUGACUCCAGGGGACCAGAAGAGGGUCUUCCAAUGCUGACCGUCACAACAAUCCUGGAAGAUCCGUAUGUCAUGGUGAGAAGCGCGGAACUGGAGGGAUACUGCAUUGAUUUGCUGAAGGCACUUGCUGCAAUGCUGCACUUCAGCUACAAGGUGAAGGUGGUGGGCGACGGGCAGUAUGGUGCUGUCUCUUCCAGUGGGAACUGGACGGGGAUGAUUGGCGAAAUACUGAGACAGGAAGCAGACAUGGCCGUGGCUCCGUUGACCAUCACGUCAGCAAGGGAAGAGGUGGUCUCCUUCACCACACCAUUCCUGCAGACUGGGAUUGGAAUCUUGCUUCGAAAAGACACCGUCUCUCCGGAGAUGUCUUUCUUCCACUUCCUGGCGCCGUUCAGUAAGGAGACCUGGACUGGCCUUUUAUUUGCUUAUGUGCUGACGUGCUUCUGCCUCUUUCUUGUUGCCAGACUGAGCCCCUGUGAAUGGAAUGAGCCGAAGAAUGAAGAGAACCACUUCACCUUCUUAAACAGCCUCUGGUUUGGAGCAGGAGCGCUCGCCCUGCAAGGUGUCACCCCUCGGCCCAAAGCGUUCUCGGUGCGGGUCAUCGCUGCUGUCUGGUGGCUCUUCACCAUCACCUUGCUGGCUGCCUACAUCGCCAACUUCACCGUGCUGCUGAGCUCUGGCAGCGAGCAGCUCCCAAUCCAGACUUUUGAAGAUCUUGUGAAGCAAAGAAAGCUCGAGUUUGGAACACUGGACGGCUCCUCUACUUUCUACUUCUUCAAGAACUCCAAGAAUCCUAUCCAUCAGAUGAUCUACGAAUAUAUGGACAAGAGACGAGAGCACGUUUUAGUCAAAACCUACCAGGAAGCAGUUCAGCGUGUGAUGGAAUCGAACUACGCCUUCAUCGGCGAAUCCAUCUCUCAAGACCUUGCGGCUGCCAGGCACUGCAACUUGAUCAGGGCCCCUGAGGUUAUCGGAGCCAGAGGCUUCGGCAUUGCCACGACCCAGGCAUCCCCGUGGACUAAGCAGCUCUCCGUUGCCAUCCUCAAGCUGCGUGAAUCGGGUGAUCUCGACUACUUGCGUAACAAGUGGUGGGAGACCAGCUGCCUUCAGCAGAGCAGAGACAGAUGGAGUCCUCUGCAGCCCCAGGCGCUGGGUGGGCUCUUCCUCACUCUCGCAGUCGGCCUUGCCCUGGGCGUGAUUGCGGCCGUGGUGGAGCUCUCCAAUAAGAGCAGGCACGCUGCUGGACACGUGAAGAAAUCGUGUUGCUCCGUUUUCGUAGAAGAGAUGUGCGCUCGUCUACGUAUAAAAGAAAAUACAAGACAAAGCCAGGAGACUUCAGGGAGGGCUAACGCUUGA